AGGUCAAAGUCCGGUGCGCUGGGAAGCCGGCUUCCGGAGUCCGCUGUCGUCUCCGGGGCUUAGCGGCGUGGGAGCGGUGGGAACGAUGAGGCAGAAGCAUUACCUUGAGGCUGCGGCGCGGCAACUCUACGAGAGCUGUCCGGGCCAGGCCCGGUAUCUCCUCUGGGCCUACAGUUCGUCACACGAUAACAACACUUUUGAAGGAACAUGUCCAUACUGUUUCCAGUUGCUGGUCUCGGAUAACUCUCGAGUGCGCCUCAAACCCAAAUCCAAACUGACACCCAAAAUACAGAAACUUCUUAACCGAGAGGCAAGAAAUUGUACACUCAAUUUUAAAGAAGCAAAAAUUGUGAAAAAAUACAAAGACUCCAGAAGUGUAUUGUUGGUUACUUGUAAAACAUGCAACAGAACAGUUAAACAUCAUGGUAAAAGUAGAAGCUUUCUAUCCACACUGAAGAGCAGUCCUACCACUCCUACGACUAAACUCAGCCCGAAGACACCAGAGAGAAAGACUCCGAGUUCCACAAACCUAAAUCACACGUGUGGUUCCAAAGGCAAGAGGCCAGCCUUUGUAUUCAGGACACCGACAUCUGGACAGUCAACACCCACCUGCUCAAAGAGUGUGAGCAAAACUAAGAAACACUUCUCUAAAUUAAAAUUGUUGCUUAGUCGGAGUGAAUCCCAAAAGAAUUCAAAGGUGGACUUCAGAAAUUUCUUACUGUCUUUGUAAAGGAUAGUCUGUGAAAUAAAUGUUUUGUUUUGUUUUU